UGUAUUAUUGCUCCGAAAGCAGCCACCAUGGGGAGUUAAUGGGAUAGUCGACGGGUUAUUUUCGUUAAUAUUUAAUAUCAGAAAGCUAUCCAUAUGCUGCGUUUUGGAGCACACAGUUCACGCCAGUAUCCCCAAUGCAGUGGAUUAAGGGGACCGGGCUUUCAGAGACGGGUGAAUUGUUUGCCAGCAAAAUCAGUGCAAGAGGGGAUGAUCUGACCUCUGCCUUGAGCAACCAGAGACAUGAGUGUUGUCAGAGAAUUACAUGGGAUUGGGUACAGGGGCGGCGGUGGGGUUGUGGCCUCCCUAAGCGGCCCUACCCACUUUACUGAGGAUGCUCCGAGACCCCCGGUUCCUGGCGAGGAGGGAUCUGAUGUGGACCCUCCAGGCCAGUCUGCCAAUGCCCGUCCAAACACCCUUUCCCAAACUCUUGGGUAUCCCGCAUCAUCCUCAUCAUCUAAAAUGGGGGAUCCAUCGAGUUACACACCAUCCUCGUCAUCAGCGACCCCACGUCGCCCCGAUCUGGACUUGGGGUAUGAACCCGAGGGCUCGGCGUCACCAACUCCACCUUACCUGAAGUGGGCAGAGUCACUUCACUCUCUCCUAGACGACCAGGAAGGCAUCCAGCUGUUUCGGAACUUCCUGAAUCAGGAAGGGUGUGCAGACCUUCUCGACUUCUGGUUCGCUUGUUCGGGGUUCAGGAAGACGAGCCAGGAGAGGAGGGCAAAGCUGGCCAAGGUCAUCUACAGGAAGUACAUUGUAGACGGCAGUGGGAUUGUCUCCAGGCAGAUCAAAGCAGCCACGAAGAGCUUCAUCAGAGACUGUGUGGGAAAGCCGCAUCCAGACCCUGCCAUGUUUGAACAGGCUCAGACUGAGAUCCAGGCCAUGAUGGAGGAGAACACCUACCCAUUGUUCCUGAAGUCGGAUCUGUACCUGGAGUACACACGGACGGGAGGGGAGAGCCCCAAGCCUAACCCCAGUGAUCAGAGCCCCUCAUCGGGUCCAGCCAAGGCUGCGCCUGGGUACUUACCCACGCUCGCUGAGGAUGAGGAGUGGAGGUGUGGAGGAGGAGGUGUGAGAGAGGAGGAGGAAGAGAAAGAUGAAGAGGAGUGUGGAGACACACCAGCUGGUAGGCUGACUCACAGCCUGCUGAUGCAGACGGCUCCACAGAGAGCCUCGGCCAACAGGAGGAGGCAGGACAGCAGGGAGUACAGAACAUGGCGGGAACCUGUUAACCCCUACUACGCAAACAUGGGCUAUGCUCGUGCUCCAGCGACCAGUGCCAAUGACAGUGAGCAGCAGAGCAUGUCGAGUGAUGCAGACACACUGUCACUGACCGACAGCAGUGUAGAUGGUAUUCCUCCAUACAGAUAUCGGAAGCAGCAUCGUAAAGAGAUGCAUGAAAGUGCCAAAGCUAAUGGACGUGUGCCCCUACCUCAUAUACCUCGCACGUACCGCAUGCCAAAGGACAUCCACGUACAGCCUGAGAGGUUUGCAGCAGAGCUCAUCAGCAAGCUGGAGACAGUUCUCAGAGAGAGGGAGGCUCAGGAAAGACUUGAAGAGAGGCUAAAGAGAGUACGACUGGAAGAAGAGGGUGACGAUGCUGACAUCUCCAUGACAACCUCCAUGUCUUCUCAUAGCAUACCACUCCCCCUCCCCUCAUCUUUUCCACCUCUCUACGGCGCCCGAUACUCAGAGACCACUGCUAACUCGGCCACGGUCGCCACGUAUGGCGGUCUUGUUGCCAUGGGAGAUUCCCACGACGAGGACCCGGAAUCUAUCCUGGAUGAGCACGUGCAGCGUGUGAUGAAAACGCCAGGCUGCCAAUCGCCAGGGGCAACCAACAGCACCUUAGGAGGAGGUCGACACUCUCCCCCCAAAUCAUCACGUUCGCCCGAUGGCGGGAUCGGCCCUCCUCACUUCCCGCCACACCGAGGAGGAGGUCACACUCUGCCGAUUCCUGGAGUCAAAAGUAUGCAUCACCACAAGCAGCCGUAUCAUCACAGAGGAAGAGAAGGGCCGGAGGAGGUGGGCUCUAGGUCUCAGGGCAACUUCCUGUGGAACGGGGACCCAGCCAACCAGUACGCUGGGAGAAGUCGUAACUAUGCUGACGGAGCUGGAGCCAGCACGCUGGAGGGCAUGGGUUACAGUAGUAAAGGCAGCACGCUAUCACGGCGAGGUUGUAAGAAGUCAUCGGAGUCAUCAGGCAAAGGUGAUGAGAGUGGGCGUGGCUUGGAGGGCCAAGUACCUCUGGAGGACCUGGAGAGAAACCAGAAGAUUCUCCAGUGGAUGAUGGACGGAGACCGACAAAGGAAGAGCUCACACAGCAGCAGCACCAGCAGCUCCAGGAGAACAGUAGCCAGCAGCGAGUCACCACGUCCAACAUCAGUGGAGCGACCUGGAGCCGUGCACCCUUGGGUCUCUGCCCAGCUGCGUAACAACCCCUCCUCAGUGUCCCCUGCCCUCCCAAGCUCUGGCCCUGCCCAGGUCCAGCCCUCGCACCCUUUCAUCCAGGACCCAGCCAUGCCCCCCAACCCAGCUCCCAACCCACUCACCCAGCUGGAGGAGGCUAGGAGGAGGCUGGAGGAGGAGAGGAGGAGGAACGCACUACAGCAAGCCAAGCAGAGGCAUAAGUCUGGUAAGCGCCAAGUGUGUGAGAACAUGACCGUUGCUUACUACUUCUGUGGAGAGCCAAUCCCAUAUCGAACAUCAGUGAAAGGCCGGGUGGUGACUCUGGGCCAGUUCAAGGAGCUGCUUACCAAAAAGGGCCAUUACAGGUUCUACUUUAAGAAAGUGAGCGACGAGUUCGACUGUGGUGUGGUGUUCGAAGAGGUUCGUGACGAUGACGCCAUUUUGCCCAUCUUUGAGGAGAAGAUCAUCGGGAAAGUGGAGAAGGUUGACUGAAGUUUUGGCACCAGGAAGAUGACAACGAUCAUUGAAAUUUAAAAAGGAAAUCUGAAGAGAACUUUGGGAUGGAAUAGAGAUUCAGCUGUGAGGAUAAACGUACGAAAGAAAGUUGAAAGGUGGACGAAGCAAUGUGUGACAGAAGGGAGAUGGAGCUGCGUGGUGGAAGCUCGAGUAUUAAGGAGAUGGUUAAUUUUAUGGCAUAUCUGGAUAUCUGCAUCAUGCCUGGAUCAAACACACAAACAGCGAAGAAGCUCGACCAGAUGUAACAGAGGCGAAGGAGAGGAACAUUAAAUAUCACCCAUCUCGUCUCCACUGUGGAUAUACGAGGAGCGCUGUUAAAAUCUGAUGUCUGUCCAGUCUUCCUCUGUGAUGGAUGUAAAGGGUGAGGGGACUGCUGGAAGGAGAGAGGAGUAAGUAGUCUUCCACUUCUGCUCUGGAGGAGUCUGUCCUCCGCAGACCAUUACGAUGCUGCUACAUUACCACGGAAACUCUUCAAUCGGUGCUUCGGGACAGUAAAGAAAGCGUUUUUUCUGUUCCAUUCGGGAGUAUCGCUGCCUUUUGCUGUCUCCGUUCCUCAUCAGCCGGUGACAAGAAAAGAGGACGGAGGAUUUUAGGAGGAGUGGAACUUUCUCCUGCUUCUCCUCUUGUCGACGUCAUAGCCUCAAACAGAAACUUAUCUCACCGUGAUUCCUAGAUGUCAUGUAGUGAUCUCACACAGCCGCUAUGUUCUCACAACGGUUCUCCACACAACUUGUUUACCAAAGCUACAUAUUUUUGAUAAGGCAAGUAUCCUAGCUACUUGUUUCAUUUUAUUUGAAUUGUCUAUGUACAAGGCAGGUACUAUUACUUAUUAAUGCAGCCUAAUUUCGUUAUAUCUCGACUUUAAUGUUGUAUUAUUGUGUAUGUUUUGAAGCUAGUUCAUUAGUCAUUUCAGGGCAGCCUUUGUUUCUCCUCUUAAAACACACAUUCACCUCAGUUCUGUGACGUUCAAGUGUGCGGUUUAAUUCUCCAAUGUAUGGAAGCCCAUUUAUCCCACUUAAAAAAGAAAAAAAGAGGUAAUUAAUUUAACCAAAUGUAUGGAAAGUCUGCGAUAAUAAGAGGAAAUUGUGAGGUAGAAAAUUCAACUGAAAUAAAAAGUCCAAAUUAUGAGAUAAAAAUGUUAAAAUGGGAUGAAAGGAAUAAUCAUGACAAAGUAAGUCAGUUGAAAAUAAAGUCAAAAUUAAAGGACAAAAUUUUGAAAUUAGUAAGUCAUAAGUAUUAGUCACUGAUAUAACUGAUAAUUUUUUAUUUUAUAUCUCACAAUUAAGCCUUUUUAUUUAAUAAUUUGACUUUUAAAUGGAGAAUUUCAACCUUUUUUUCCUUGAUCUUGACCUUUUAUCUCAUAAUUUCAACUUUUGAAUUCAUAAUUUAACUUCUUAUUUCAUAGUUUUGUCUUUUUAUCUUAAUUUCAGCUUUUUGUCUUGUUAUUAUGACUUUUUCCCAUAGUUUUGAAUAUCUAACUCCUAUUUUUUGACUUUUUAUUUCAUAAUUUCAACCAUUUUACUCAUAAUUUUAACCAUUUUGCUCACAAUUCUGAGUUUUUAACCCAUAAUUUUCACUUUUUCUCAUCAUUUUGACUUUUAUCUCACAAUUAUAAAUUACUGUCAUAAUUCUGCAUUUUUUUCUCAUGAUUUCAUCUUCUAUGUUAACUUAAUUUCUCAUAAGUUCAACUACUGCUCAUCACUUUGACUUACUAUCUCACAUUUUGCCUAUUUAUCUGAUAAUUAUGACUUACUAUCUCAUAAUUUCUACUUCAGAUUUAAAUGUCUUUUUUAUAUUUACCUAACAAACCUAUUUUUACUCUUUUAAGUGAUGGAAAUGUGCUUCCAUACCAACACGAUGGGUUUUAAUUACAGAAUUUUUUUUUUCCAGCUUCAAAAAUUCUCACGAGCGCACAUUAACGUGUGCUGUCUCUGACCACAGUAUCUGUUGUUUUCUAACGGGUCUCACCUCAUGUUUUGUUUUGUUUUUUUUUUGUGUAACUCCAAGCUCAGUCUAGGUGCCUGCCCACCUGCCUGCCUGGCCAGUGCCAUUACUAUCUAGAAAGCUUAACCUGAAGCGUGUUUGUGAGUGUUAAAGCCUGUGUCAUGUACGCCUGAACUCAGCCAAAGAGCAUAACGUGCGUCCCUUAAGCCUGCAUCAUGCUUGUGUCUGUGCAGUCCACGUCUACGAGUAUAAAAUCACUUUUUCUAUAAUGAGCAGAAGGGAAUCAUCUGUGCACCUUCUUAUAGAUUGUACAUUUAUGGACCUUAAACUAAGAUUAAAAUCUACAUCUUGCUCUGAAAGUAUAGGUGAUAAUUUCUCUUUUUUCCUUGCUGCAGUAAGAUAAGAACAUUCAUAUCAAUUUAAUGUGUAUUGCGAAGUACAGUUGUGUGAAUGUCGGAUACUUGUCGAUACCACAUUUUUCAAACAAAAACUAGCUGUUUUAAUAAGGCUGUAUCGUAAAGCUCUGACGCUUUGAAAACUGGAUCUAUUUCGCAAGACAGGUGCUUAGGAGAGGAUUGAAUCCAUCAGUAAUUGCAUGCAAACUCUGCAGUGUUUAAAUAGCACAAAAACAAAUGAGUGCAAUUUAGACCGUGUGCAGGAGUUUGUGUGUAAGGUGCUUAGGACUUCUAUUUUUGUUGCCGUGCUGUUUAAACGGGUAUCAAUAUUGUCUGCUUUUACUACAAUCAUAUCUGAUACUAAAUUCUAGUAUCAUUACCAUAUUACAAAUACUAAGCUACAGCCAGUAGUAGCACAGUGGGAACAGCUAGCCUGGCUUUUGUAUUAAUUCAGUACAAUUCUGUUGUACAUGCUGAGAGUUUUUAUUAUUGAAUAUUCUCUGGAUGCAUCAAAUCACCUGUUAACCUCAUUUAUUACUGGCGUGAUAGCAGCAGAUAAGAACAUUUCUACCGAUAUUUACUCCAGUAUGCCGGCUGUAUUUUUCAUCUGUAUUUAUGAAUAUGUUUGAGGAGUUUUAGGCUGGGCCAGCAGACCUACUUCAGCUGAAAUCUUUGUUCAUCCUUGAAAUUUAAAAUGUGUUUUAAGGACUGAAGUUCUGGGUCUGAACUACAUUUUUAGCUAAGUUAAAUCUGGAAAUAUAGGCAUAUUGGCACAAAUCCGACAUUAUGUGUCCCUAGUCAUUGUACCAGUUUCUCAAACCUUAUUCACACUUGUAAACAAUUCUGAAAAUUUACCUGGAUGAGCUGCAUGUGUGAACGUAAACAGCAGGGUUUUUGACCCAAACUUCACCUUGAAUUUCCAUGCUGGCCCGUUACUGUUUUCUCCUCUCCCAUCCCUCCACUGACUGACAGGCAGACUGUGAGGGACGAGUGUGAACAAACAAGUCAGGAGGUUUUCUUGGCAUGUGUGAAAAGGGCUCUAGACCUUAAAGGGACAGUGUCUAACUAUUUACUUUUAUUGAUCAAAUGGCAAAUUAUUUUCAUGGUUCCAACUUUUCUCAGCAAGCCAAAAGAAAGCUCAUCCAACAACUCAAAGUGAAGUGCUCAAACUGCAUAGAGAGUCCAGAACUAAAAGACUUUUAGCUUUUAGUCCUUGAAGGUGCCACAUUUAGAAAUGGGCAGGGAUUUUCAAAUAUUUGAAUUAAUGCCUUAAUUUAUAUAUAUUAAAAAAAGAUUUCUUGCAGAAUUGUACCACCACACACCCUCCUUUUUGCUGUUCCUAUCAGCCACAAUGUCAUAGCUAUUCAAGGCAGACAGACCACGAGCUACCUGAGAGUGAAAUGAUGGCAUAUGACCGUGUAGAAGAAAAGUUUGUAUGCGAUUAACCUUGUUUUAAGAAAUUCACCACACUCCUAGAGUGUCACAGCGAUGUCUCUGAUUGGUGGAGCCAGCCGUUACCUGUGAAACGUGCAUGUUCGGCCAAACUUAGCCAUCUUUUUUAGCUACAGACAAUUUAAAUGGGGAAAUAGUGAUUAAUGACCAUGUGUAAGACACAAACUUUGUUUUAGGAAAACAUUGGCAGAUUCCACCAUAACACAUUAAUUUUGUCUGCUAGGUAAUUUUAACGAUCCUAGAAAGAGUGGCGCGAUAACUGUUGAGCUCUGUCACCUGAUUAGUGAAUACAAAAAUUCAGUGGAAGUAUUCAUAUUUUACCUAGGCAGUCAGAAGCAAGUGGUGAAAGUCUGGCAAAAAUAGGAUAAUUGCAGCAAGUAUGGGUUAAGAAGUACAAAAAAGGGUAAAUGUGUAGCAGAAAAAAGGUGAAAAGCAGUUGAAAAGUGGCAAAAUGGGUUUUAAAUAGCAAAAAUAGGUCUAAAUAAGUGGUGAAAAGGGGUUAAAAGUGGCAAAAUGGGAUAAAAGCAGCAAAUAUGGGUUAAGAAAUGCAAAAAAAUGGCAAAUAUGGGCAGAAAAAAAGGUGAAAAGCAGUUGAAAAGUGGCAAAAACUGUUUAGUAGUGGCAUGAAAUGGAUAGUUAUGUAGUGAAAAGGCAUUAAAAUAUCAAACUGGUUAAAAUUUUAAAAAAAAAUAAAAUGAUGUAAUGUGGAAACAAAUGUGGCAUAAAAGGGACACACAGUGAAGAAAAGUGGAUAAAAAGCAACACAAAUGAUUGAUUUGAAUAUCAGAGCCAAUUAUAGCUUGACACUCUUUUCUGUUAGCUACUGUUAGCCAGGAUGCUAGUUGUCCAAUACACAUAAAUUGGUUUCAUGAAUAAAUCACGACUGUGGAGGGUCCAUUUUACCGGGUAUGUUCAGUACUAUCAGAUUAUUUAAGUUAAGAAUUGAAGUUGAGCAAUGCCAUAUCUUUUAGUCUGUUAAUGGAAAAUUUUAUAUAUUAAAAUCAACCCAUUUAGACCCAAGGCUGUCCUAAAAAACCCUCUAAAACCUACGUAUUGUUUUUAAAACAACCAACAAAAACCUGAGGGUUUUCACAAAGUUUCAACAUUUACUACAAUAUUUCACAUGAAUGAUGUAAGAAAUCAAUACAUUUGAAAGCAUAAGAACCUCGCCUUUACCUGUAAAUAACGCCCUAAAACUUGCUGAUGUCGUUUAACCAAUUAAGCACUAAACUUUAGCUGAAGUAUCUGCUGUCACAUCGCAGUCUGGGUCGCCAUUGUUGGACUAAAACGCUGCUUUAUUGCUCCCCAAACUCAGGUUGUUAGCAUCAUCUGUCAACUGUAAAAACUUUUUCAUCCAUCAACUUGAAACACUGGAUGCUAAAAGAGCUGAACCAUAAUAUUUGUAUCCUAUCUGCCUUCUAGCAUGUAUUUUAACAAUGAGCCUGCAGUUUGUUUGCCAUAUGUCUAAAAAGCAGUGUGAUUGUCUGAAACAGACAUUACUUCGAGUUUUAAAGAAAGAAACACACCAGCGUUUAAUCUGGUGUUAAAGGUUCAUCACACAAAUGCUGCAUCCGCUCUUAAUGGGUUAAGUUAGCAAGCUUUUCCUGGUUCAUCUUUUUGAAUCAUCCAAUUUUCCUUGAAUGAUCGCCACUGAAUUUCCAAGCAUUUACUAGAAAUGCACAUCCCCAGCUGCUGUGUUGGUCCUUUGGAUGUUUUUUUUUUUUUUUUUUUUUUUUUUAAAUAAAGCCAGGCUAGAAGAUUCUGAUGACGUGUUUAUGCUAAGCUAAUCUCACUGCUGACUGGCUGUAGCUUCAUGAAUGCACAGAAAUGGAGAAAGUAUCAGUGUAGCUUCAGUAAGACAGCUCAUAAGCACAUCUUUAACCACGGUUUGUCGAUGUAUACCUUCAAACUUCACUGCAGUAAGGCCCUGAGGUCGUAAAGCCGACGAUGCACCGAUCACACACCAGCUACGUAAGCUGAAUGUAAUUUGACUUUUUAAACUUUGAACCUCAACAGAAAUCCCUUGGCUGGUCACCACGUCUGUCCUCAGUAGUGAUCUCAUGCUGGUUGUUUUGUGUUAUCUAUGCUGGUAGUUUAUUGAAUGUGUUCAUCAAACAAAGAGAUCCUACGGAGCGUCCCGCAGGAAUGUCGAACACAGUUUGUCCAGGGCUGCUGCCCGGUAAGGGAAACAGGAUCGUAAAACGUAUUUGUCCUUACUUCAACCCAUUAUGCCUUCAGUAUGAAAAUUAAAAUUUAGAUAUGUAUUUGUUUAUAAAAAAAAUGUAAUUUUAAUAAUCACCAAGCAUGUUCUUUAUAAGGAAUGUUUUCCUGAUGAGUUGAAUUAUCUAUUUUGUUUUAAUGUUUAUGAACCGCUAAGGCCCUCUGAUUUAUUUUAUCUGUUAGAGAGAAAGCCCAGGGAACGUUGGAUGACAACAUAUGUUAAGAGUUGUUUCUUGUGAUUAUGAUUCGAUGGACAAAAGCAAACGACUGCGUCUGUUGUGUUGUCGGUUUGUGUGAAACACAGUGCCUUUAUCAUGUUAUCUUUGGAAAUACCUUUAUUGAACCAAUCCAUGCUUUUUAAUAGAUCUUUUUAUUUACACUCAGUCCCGUUGUUUUUUUUUGUUUGUUUUUUAGCUGCAGUCAUGCUCGCUCACUUCUGUUCUUAGAUCCUCUGCUGUAAAUAUGUACAUUAUCAUUUCAUAUGUGUCUUCAGACCUGCACCACAUGUCCACGGUGUUUCUGUUUUUCAAAGGCAAACGCCAAGAUGUCACUGUGCUGGUUCCACUUGUACAUUUCUUUUAAAAAGGUACUUCAU